CCACUGCGAGCGCGCGAUUAUUACAAAUUUUUAAUUUGAUAAACAAAAUAGGUCAAUUUUCAAGUUAAAGUUCUAUUAUUUUUGUUCGGCAAUUAUCAUAAACUCUACUAGUAACUUAGUAGACAGUGAUGGAGAUUUACUUGAAGCAACAUUAUGAUGAGGAUAUUACGAAUUUACUCAAUAAUCCAGAUGACCUGUUGCACGUUACCGUUAACGUUAAUUUGGCUCAUCUGCAGCGAAAGGAACCCGCACUUUACAGCGAACUCUUCCGUAAUACACAACAAGAAUUGAUAAAAUGGGACCAAAGUUUGCUGGAAGCACAGAAAGCACUCGUCGAGGGCAACAUGUUCUUGGAACCGGGUUUCCAAAUCAAGCAGAAUUGCCACGUUCGAUUUGUCAACAUGCCACAAACGGUUGCCGAAGUAGUCAAGCGAGCAUCGUUCCCGAACAACGACAACGUUGGCCAGUUCGUGCAAAUCCGGGGUAGUGUCAUCCGUAUGACCCAGGCACGUUUCUUGGAAUUUAAAAGGGAAUACGUUUGUAGCCGAUGCAAGCACGAAAUUGUUCUUGAAGCGGACUACGAAAAGAGUUACGUGUUCGACCCGCCACGAUACUGUCAAUUGGCUAGCGAGACCGGCUGCAAAGGAAUUCCACAUCAGAAAAGUGCUCAACCAGUGCCCGAGUAUUGCAGGGAUUUUCAGGAAAUACGAAUUCAGGAAAUUAUGAGCGAGAGGAACGUCCCAGCAUCACUGAUUGUGACGUUGGAAAAUGAACUGGUAGAUAGUUGUCAACCGGGUGACUGCGUGACCGUAGUAGGAACGAUUGAACGUCGCUGGUCACCACUGGUGCAAGGGAAGCGUACUGAAGUAACGGUCACAAUGCGAGCAAACAGCGUAUCGAAGGAUGAAAAUAAGAUGAACCUGGGAAAAGAUCUACCGGAGCAUAUGGUUUUCAUUCGUGCCGAGUGGCAGAAUACGAUAAAAGACAUCGGGGAGCUUGCGGCACGUGAUAUGAUAAUCCAAUCAAUUUGCCCGGAGAUCCAUGGCAUGUAUCCAGUAAAGCUAGCUGUUGCUCUCUCACUAGCCAGUAGUACUGAGCGCUAUCUGGGAAGUGGAGCCAGCGUUCGUGGUCAUUCACACUUGUUGUUGGUGGGCGAUCCGGGCCUAGCCAAAUCGCGUUUACUCAAAUGCGCAUCAGAUAUAUCGGCUCGGUCUGUUUUUGCCACUGGGAUGGGAUGUUCGGCAGCUGGUUUAACAGCUGCUGCCGUAAAAGAAGAUGGAGAAUGGCAGCUCGAAGCUGGAGCUUUGGUGCUAGCAGAUGGAGGCAUAUGUUGUAUCGAUGAAUUUAACCUGAUGCGGGAAUCUGACAAAGCCUCGAUACACGAAGCCAUGGAGCAGCAAACGAUCAGCAUGGCGAAAGCAGGUCUCGUGUGUAAGUUGAGCACUCGAUGUGUGGUGCUGGCUGCCACUAAUCCUAAGAAUCUUUUCUCAAUGACCGAAGCUGAGAACUAUAACAGCGCAAGUUUGGGUAUCGGAGGACCAUUGUUGAGUCGGUUUGAUUUGGUGAUGGUUUUGAGUGAUGAUCGAAAUCAAGAUUGGGACGUUCGCGUUGCUAAUCACAUUCUUAGUCUGUCGGUCAUCAAUACGGUUCAGGAAAGCUUUCAAGAAGCUUCCCCGGAGGGUUAUUGGGAUCUGGAAAGACUGCAGGCACAUUUUCUAGCAAUCAAAGAUAUUCAUCCGAAAAUUUCUGAAGAAGCAAAUAUCGUGCUAGGUUCCUACUACAAGUUGUGUCGAUCAGAUCCAUCUCGCGAUCCUGCAAGGACCACCGUACGCCUCCUGGAAAGUUUGGUCCGUCUCUCGCAGGCGCACGCUCGUUUAAUGUUCCGUGAUGAGGUUACACCAAUCGACGCAAUAACCGUAGUUCGUCUUAUGGAAUCAAGUUUAGGAUUUGGCAAAAUUCUUCGGCCGAUCGAUCUAAUCCGUAGCCCAUUGCCAUUGGGUCCUAGUAAGUCAGAGGUCAAUGAAUUAUUGCACUGUCUACAACUAAGCGACUUGAACUGUGAUGUGUUGGUCGAGAAUGUAGAUCCAAAAAAGGUUCAGCAAUAUCUGAAAGAAUUGAUGAGAAAACGGAAAGCUUCUGCUCCCAUUAACAGGUGGGAAACAAUUGCAACUCAAAAAAUUAUUGAGUUUGACCAGAAAGUUCUUAGUGAACUCGACAGUAACGAACAGCCGAAAGUGGUGGAAAAAGAUCAACCAACAGAGGAGGUUGGAAACAAAUUUCAGGAAGGCGACCUUUAUUCGAAAUAUUCAUUUACACAGAUGCGCAAGGCCAAGCAAAAGAAAAUAGAAGCUAGUGAACCAAAUUUAUCCAAACUAAGUAAUAAUGCUAAGAAUAAAAACGACAGAAGAAAAAACAAUGAACCAGAUUUAACAUUAAAAGAAAAUUUAAGCAGUGAUCAGCUUGAUAACAUUUUAAGCAGCCUACGUCAGAAUUUCGUAGCUGGCCUUAGCAAAGCGACCCAGCCGGAACAGUCGACUCCAAGUUAUCAAAUAGAUGCGAGCUUUCCGCCAGCCAGUGGCCGAUCUAAAAUUUCCAAGGAGGAGUCUUUCAAAGUCAUGCUGGACGUAAGUUCUUUGAUGGAUGAUGAUGAAGUUGGCGAAGAACAAACCCAACAUCCAAACAGCAGCACCACAAAUAAGUCCAUUGACACCGCUUUAGCUGCAACAGAAAGCAGUUUGAGCGUUUUUGAAGAAUCUCAGCUGAAUGAACUGGGCAUAAUGGGAUCAAGCAGCAUUAGAGCCUCUUCAUCUAGUGCUGCAGAUAGCAGAAAAGGUUCGUGCUUGGCCGGCCCUUCGCGGUUUAAUUCAGACCAUUCAAAUGUGAAUCGUAGUUUGGUCAGUUAUACCCCUGUAUCUAAGAACAGUAGCACUUCGGUUUCAGUAGUAAUAUCCGAAGAAGAAUCUCGCUAUCGUUUGAGGAGACCGAAAAGAUCUGCCCAGCGAAACAGCUCAGCACUUGUAACGACGCCUAUUUUCGAUGAAGAAAUUGAUUUUGACCUAGAGCAAGCAAACGACAAUAUCUUUACGCGUUUAGACCGACAAGACUCCGCGGAGAUCCCGCAGCAGUCUAGCUCCGUUGUCGAGAAGCGUAGAUCAUCUGUUUCCGAGCACACUAUAACCAAACUACGGAAAUUUGAAUUUAUUCCACGACGAGAGGAAGCGGAACCAUCGAACGAUAAGAUGUCAUCUCCGGCGGAGCGUUACAAACAACAGCGUGACGACAGUGCUUACGAAUCAGAAGUAGGAAACCCAUCGACAAACGAUCUGCCACGAUCGAGUACUAGUAGUUUGAGUUUCCUUGGCGGGCCACGGAACGAAGCAGAUUUGGAUGCAGAUUUGGCCUGUUUGGAUGCAAUAGAUUUUUAACAUUCACCGGAUUUCAAAUAUAAGAAGCUAAGGACCAUGUGAUACCUCACUAGACUGAACAAAAAAAGCAGUUAUCUAGUUUGGUUUAGGCUUAUAAAUAAUUUUAUACCGUACCAUAGAUUACAAGUAAAAGAAUAAUUUUUUGCCGCACUGAACAGUAAACCUAGCUGGUAAAAAAUAAUAGUAAAAAUCGAACAAAUCGCGGAAUAAAUCUAUAUUAUUUGUUUUACAAAACAAUAUAGGCAGAGUAGACUCACGCAUUGUUUUUCGUAUGUCAAAAAUGUAUAAUAUAUGCUAAUGAACGACAGGCUCGGUUUGACCCAGAGCAAAGGAUUCCGGGCUAUCUGAAAGGAUAAGCUCAAGUAUCUUCCCACAACGGUGUAUUUUUACAGUUGUUUGGUGGCAUCAAUUUACUUUAUAUUCCCAUUAAUCAAAAGAGUUGUUAAUAGAAUCAAUUCGUUUUUUUUUGCUACCGAUCCGCUACAUUGAGUCUGAAAAGAGCAGUUUUAAAAUGAAUCUUGAA